AUGCAAUAAUUGCAGUGUAGGCCCUAAAAAAAAUUGUUAAUCUUGUAAUUCAAGUUACCUUUACCCAGAUAAGAGACUGUAUGCCAUGUACCAUAAAUUGUAUAUAAUGUAAUUAAACUAGCUGUUUAGAGUGUUUUCCUAGUUUCUUCCUUUAUAAUGGAUAAUGUGGCUAAUGUACUGAAAAUGGAGUAUACUUAGAUUAAAAUGUUUGCUUAUAAUGUCACUAAAGUUGCAAAACCUGUAAUGGUAAUUUACCUAGUAAUUGCUUGUCUUGUAAACCUUACUAUAAUCUUUAAGACAACAAUACUUGUAAAUGUGAUGAAAGUAAUGGAUAUUUUAUUCAAGGUGUCAAUUGUUUAAAAUGCGAUUAAAGCUGCAAGACUUGCAGUGGUAGUUUACAUAAUAACUGUUUGUCUUGUUACCCAAACUUUAAUCUUUAACGUGAUCAAACUUGUUAAUGUGAUAUAAGUAAAGGAUAUUUUAUUUAAGAUAUCAAUUGCUUAAAAUGUGAUUAAAGUUGCUAGACUUGUAAUGGAAGUACUAGCACAAGCUGCUUAACUUGCAGUCCUGGUAUGUAUCUAUUUGAAAAUAAUUCAUGCCAAGCUUGCAAUAAAGAAAUGGGAUAUUACAUUUAAGGAUAAAGUUGUAAAAAAUGUGAUUAAAGUUGCUAAACUUGUGAUGAAAACCCUAAAAAAUGUUUAAGUUGUCCUCUUAAAUAAUACCUGCAAAAAGAUAAUACUUGUACAGCUACUUGUGAUACAAACAAAGGGUUUUUUAUUUAAGAUAAUAAAUGUUUAACAUGUGAUCAAAGUUGUUUAACAUGUUCUGAUUAGUACAGGUGGUUCUUGUUAACCUUGUGAUAAAUCAUGUGCUAAAUGCAAAGGUCCCUCAAAUAAAGACUGUUUAGCUUGCUCAAAAAACUAUAUUUUAUUACCUAGUAUUGGUAAGUGCGCUCUAUGUGAAGAGGGCUAUUUUUUCAAUUAAAAUAAUUGUCAAUAAUGUAAUUAAAUGUGUACCACUUGCUUUGGUAAAAAUGAAAAUGAAUGCAUAGAUUGCAGAGGAGGCUUGACCCUAAGCAGCAUCACAAAGACUUGUUAAUCAAGUUCUUAAAUUGAAAAUGAAAAUAAUUUAUUAGAAUAUAGUAAAAUAGUUGGUUGCUACAAUUAAACAGAUCAAUAAGUAGUCAGUUCUUGCUUAGAUUAAAUUGAAAGAAGUAAAUCCUCAACUUAGAAUAUGGAUACUUUGGCUGUCAUUAAUUUAUCUCUUAUUGUGGCUUCCUCUAUUUUCACUCCAAUAGGUUCAAGCUUAGCUUGGACCAUUAUGGAUGAAUUAACUCGAAAUGAAAAUGAGUUAUGCUCAUCAUCUAUUUACCUUUAUUCCAAAUAUCUUUACUCUACAAGCUAAAAAAGAAGAAAAACUCUUUUAGUUUAAUCAAUUUAGCACUCUAUUAUCUAUUAAUGA